GACUCGGCGCCUCCGUCCCCUCCGCCCGCGGCCUUCCUCGCGCUCGCCGGUGGGUCGCGCAAUGUGAGGCCAGUGGCCCGUCGCGCCGUGCCGGCUAUAGUCUCAAGUCUCUACAGUAAACAGUCACGGCUCACGGACGCAGCGGCCGCUACCAGUCAGCCAUUUCAACACACAUUUCUCAUUUUUUGCAGCGUUCAGUACAAUCACAUGUGUGCAGGGCCAUUAGAUAGAGUGAUCACGUCCAUCAAAGCUGGAGAAAGUUCAGUUGCAGCGUGAAUUGGUGUGCAAUUUGUUGAUGUGUGUGUGGUGUUGAGUGAAUGUUAGGUUUCGACGUCAUCGGCAUAAUACAGUGGCGCCGGGCGGGAGUCGCGCGCAAGGCGCGGUGGCAAUAUGCAGUCGGCGAGCGGCGCGGGCGCACCUGCAGGUGCAGUGGAGCUGCGUGAAGAUGUGCCACUGAAGAGUUCCGGUGGUGGCGGUGGUGGCACGUGGUGCGGCGGGGGCGCGUGGUGCGCCGCCGGGCCGCGUCUCAUCGCCGGCUGCUUCGCCGCACUCUCCGCCGCUAUCACCCUCGCGCUGCUCACGCAGAUCUACUCCGGAGACUAUGAGGUGGUGCCGCACGGCAGCGUGUCCUCGUCGGCGGCGGAGUGCUCGCGCGCAGGCACGGACGCGCUGAAGGCGGGCGGGCGCGCGGUCGACGCCGCCGUCGCCGCCGCGCUCUGCCUCGCCGUCGUCGCACCGCACCGCACCUCGCUCGAUGCGAGCGGCGCGUUGGUUUACUGGGAGUACCGGCGUUGGCGCUCACAACCGGCCGAGAUAGUGGAGUGGGGCGGCGCGGGAGGUGCGGGCGGCGGGGAGGAGGCGCGGCCGCCGCGGCUGGUGGCGGCGCUGGCGGUGCUGCACGCGCGGCGCGGUGUGCUGCCGUGGGCACGCCUGCUGCAGCCUGCCGCAGACCUCGCCAGGCUGGGGUUCCCGGUAUCGGAGGGGCUAGCGACGGCGCUGGCGACAGAGGCGGCGGCUGGCGGCGGCACAGGCGCAGCGCCGGCGCCGGGCUCCACCAGCGCCGCGCCCGCGCUCGCCGCAUAUCUGCACUCGCUUCAGGCCAACACCAGCGCCCAGUUGUCGCUGGCGUGGGGCGCGGAGGCUAUGGUCUCGGUGUCGACGGGCAGCCCGACGCCGGCGGGCGCGUGGCGCGUGGUCACUCCCCGCGCCGGCGCCGCGCGCGUCCUUGCCGCCGCGCUCGCGCCGCCUGCCGUCACCGACCCGGACCUGCUCACACGCAGAGUAGUGGUUGAGCUGCAGAAGGAAGCUAUGGCGGCGGAGGGAGGUGCGUGGCCGCCGCCCGGCGUCGCCACCGGGCUCGCCGUCGUCGACCCGCUCGACACGUACCUCGCGCUCGUCACUGGCGUGUCGGUGCCGUUCGGGUCGGGCCCGGCGACGGCGGCGGGCUGGACGCGCGACGAGCCGCGCGCGCCGCUCGACCUCGCGCCCGCGCUCCUCACCGACGACCACGCCUGCGGCACGCGUUACGUGAUUGGCGCAGAGUCGUCAAGUGCGCUGGCGCAGGGUGGUGCGGCGUUAGCCGUCGGCGGCGGUGUAGGCUCGGUGGAGCGCGCGCGCGUGUCGCUGGUGGCGCGCGGUGGUGGUGCGCUUGCUCUCGAGGCUCUGCGUGCGCUGCCACCGCCCGCCGCGCUGCCCGCCACGCCGGCCGCUAACGCCACGCCACCCUACGCCGCGCUCAACGUGGUGCAGCAGCGCGGCGAUGCGCUGCUCUCGCACGCCGACAGCCGCGGCGGCGGACUCGCCUCAAGGUUCUGACGGCAGACGUCCACCUGAGGUUUAUGGCGCGCACCGGCCACGCUUCUCUUUCACCGGUGCACAUCUAACGCCGGCGCUUGAGAAUCUCUGCAACACUGCUGUACACACGGCCCUUGUCUAAUCCAUAUUAGGAGAGCUUCACCAAUGACCAAUACGAAUAAGCAUAUGCUAGCGUCACCGGCGCGGUCCCCGAGUGAUCAGACGUCCGUAGCAGUCGGUACUCAGCAACAGGCAGCCCCGCAGCGCUUUCCAUGUCGAGUGUUCUAUAUUAAAAGCGUUUAUCUCAAUUUAUGUACUUACACACGAAUAUUAUUAAAUUGAUUCACUACUUUAAGA